AUGGACGAUAUCAAAGUGGCUACCUCUCUCCUCGACCUCCCCGCCGAGAUCUGGUCCAAGAUCGGCAAGCUCGCAGUCGAUGUCUCCAAGCCCAUCACAUCCGGAGACUUCUUCACUCACCCUCCCCGCUACUUCCAGCCACCCAUCACCCGCACUUGCCGAGUACUCCGCGAAGAACUACUCCCCUACUUCUUCUCUACUAGGACUGUGAUCUGGUUUCCCACAUACAGUGUCGUCAAACUUGGCAAUUGGCUGCGAGCAUUAGAUCCGGAGAUGCGUCGUGCUAUCAGCGGCAUUUGCACAGAGGCCUUACCACGUUCUGUGCAACUUCUUGAGUAUCAGCUCGAGGAGGCAUGGAGAGUUAGCUUGUCACUGGUUUUGCUCGAGGAAGCUGAGGGGCCUUGGAGGAAGUAUGUGGUGCGAUUUCGGUGA